AUGAAUAAGCAGCAAGAAAGUGAUGUUAUCAAAUUUUGGGAGAAACCAAGGAAACUUAUUGCUCAAGUUUAUGAUAUAUUUGGAAAGAUAUGGUAUGAUUAUGAAGUUAUUGGCAUGGAACAUCUCCCUAAAGGACCUGGGGUUAUUAUUUAUUAUCACGCAGUCACUUCUAUUGACUAUUCCCUUCUUGUGGCUAAACUUUUUAAGGAACAACUGAGAUGGUGCUUCUCAAUAAUUGAUCAUGCCAUAUAUCAGAUACCAGGGUUGAGAACGUUUUGUGAUGUGAUUGGGUUGAAAGAUUUCAGUAAAGAUGAAUGUGUGGAAAUUUUGAAGAAAGGCCAUUUUCUGGGCCUUGCACCUGGUGGAGGUAGAGAAGCAAACUUUAGUAAUGACUACAACAUAAUGUGGGGUAAACGCACAGGUUUCGCUCGGAUAGCUUUGGAGGCAAAAGUGCCCAUCAUCCCUAUUUUUACAGAAAACAGUUGUGAAACAUUCAGGAACAUUGGAAAUACAAGGUUGACAAGAUGGUUAUAUGAGAAAACACGACUUCUCUACCUUCCCAUAUAUGGAGCAUUUCCAGUGAAACUGAGGACAUAUAUUGGAGAACCCAUCCCAUACGAUCCAAAUAUAACAGCUGCAGAGCUGGCUGAAAAAACAAAGACUGCAAUUGAAAAUCUUCGGGAUAAAUACCAAAAAAGGCCAGGAAGUAUAGUAAGAGCUCUUUCAGAAAGAUUUGACAAGCAUUACAAAACUAACUAGUCCAUAUAAAACAGUUGCAGUGUUUCUGACGAGAUUUCUGUAAUAGGAAUCAUUAAUA